CCCAGAAGUCUCCGGUGCUGCUCGCUGGGAACGCACUUCCUGGGACGCAGCGAGGGAGACGCUCUAAGAAGCUCCUCAGUGUGGGCGAGUGAAAUGUCUUGGACGUGAGAAGCAGGCCCAGAUCAUCUCUACUGUCUAUAUUCAGAUGUGCAUCUAUUUCUUCUAAGUUGAUUAAAGUUGUUUUACAACUGUGAAGUACCUCAAAGAUCUGACUGACAGUACUGCACAAGCCUGCCUGCCAUGGGCUGUCGGGAUGUCCAUGCAGCCACAGUCCUCUCCUUCCUGUGUGGAAUCGCCUCGGUAGCAGGCCUCUUUGCAGGAACUCUGCUUCCCAACUGGAGGAAAUUACGACUGAUCACAUUCAACAGAAACGAGAAGAAUCUGACUGUUUACACUGGCCUGUGGGUGAAGUGUGCCCGAUAUGAUGGGAGCAGUGACUGCCUGAUGUAUGACACUACUUGGUACUCAUCAGUUGACCAACUGGACUUGCGGGUCCUCCAGUUUGCCCUGCCUCUCAGCAUCCUGAUUGCAAUGGGUGCCCUGCUGCUCUGCCUCAUUGGAAUGUGCAACACGGCCUUCAGGUCCUCAGUGCCCAACAUCAAACUGGCCAAGUGUCUGGUCAAUAGUGCAGGCUGUCAUCUGGUGGCCGGGCUGCUGUUUUUCCUGGCAGGUACUGUGAGCCUCUCCCCAUCCAUCUGGGUCAUCUUUUAUAACGUUCAUCUGAACAAGAAGUUUGAGCCAGUCUUUACAUUUGACUACGCAGUGUAUGUCACUAUGGCUAGUGCUGGGGGCCUGUAUAUGACUUCCCUUCUACUGUUUAUUUGGUACUGUGCAUGCAAAUCUUUGCCUUCUCCUUUCUGGCAGCCACUGUACUCCCAUCCGCCCAGUAUGCAUACUUACUCACAGCCCUAUUCAGCACGUUCCCGCCUUUCUGCCAUUGAAAUUGACAUUCCAGUUGUUUCACACAGCACCUAAUGGGGAAAUAGUUCUCAGAGAAAACUUGUAGCCUCACAUUUCCCGUAUACAAGAACCCAUAUACAUUUUCCUUUGUUUCUGACCAGUCAAUGAAGCCAAAUUCGUAUGUCCAGGUAGAAUGAAGUGCUGCUAGUUUUAUGAAAAGUACAUUAUUUUAAUGUGAAUCAUUCCUUUUAUCUUGCUUCUUAUGCUAGAAGGAUUUUUAACCUCUAUAUUGAUACUUAAUCAGUUAUUCAAGUGGAAAGGGCCUGUGUCUCAGUUGAGGUGAUUUAGAGCAACAUGGUAAAGUAAAAAAUGAUGACUAAGAGAGGCUAUUGUACAUGAUAUUUAUGAGUAUUUCAGAAUGUGUAUUGUCCUUUUUCUAUAAUACCUUAAACUGGGGAAAAAAGGCAAUUUCAAAUGUAAGAAAUUUCUUUCAGGUAAGGAUAAUAUUUUAACAGUAGUCAGUCUACCAGCUUAAGGCUGUAACUUUUCUUACUUCUCUCUCGGGGCUAAUUAUAUUGAAUAGAGUUUCAUAUUUUGAAGAUACUUUCCUUUAUGCAUUCCUUAUCUUCUACCUCAUGGCAGUGUUUAAAAAUAAAAUGCAUUUUAAGUGAUGUCAGAGAGAAUAAGCCUAACAUUUUAAAUAUCUACUAGUAUGGAUAACAUUUAACAUAAUUUUAAAAGUUAAUGAUUCUAUAAAUUGUAUUAUUAGAGUUAAAAUGGGCCAUGUGAUGGAUCGGUGCUUCCCUUCUGAGGCAAAAAUCCUUUUUUUUUUUUCUUUUUUUUUUCAGAUAGCAUCCACCAAGCAGUACUCAUGGCCCUCUAUAAUCUCUUAAUGACAAAGAGAAAGAAAGAAAGAGGCCCAAGUGAUUUGUUUUUAGACAGUGGUAGGGGACAAGCAUCUAUUCUUCAUUGACAACAUCAGAGAUUCAUUCUAGUGACUGCCUUUUGAAUGAUGAGUGAAGUAAGUUAUGCUUCACCAUGACCACAUUCACUCUUGAUUCAGUUCCUGCCCUCAUCACUGAUUAUUUCCUUGAGCAUAUAACUUUGCUCAACACUUUAGUGGGUGCUGUAGAGGAUAUAUGAAAAGUAUGAGAUCUGGUCCCAUCCAUUAAGAUAUUUUAAUAAAGGGCAGCCUGGGUGGCUCAGUGGUUUAGCGCCACCUUCAGCCCAGGGCGUGAUCCUGGAGACCCAGGUUCAAGUCCCACAUCGGGCUCCCUGGGUGGAGCCUGCUUCUCCCUCUGCCUGUGUUUCUGCCUCUCUCUCUCUCUCUCUCUCUCUCUCUCUCUCUCUGUCUCUCAUGAGUAAAUAAAUAAAAUAUUUUUUUUAAAAAAGAUAUUUUAAUAAAGAAGAUCAAACUGUUAUCUAACAAAUAGGGAUCAGUCUGACUUAAUUGGCAGCUGGUCUUAAUUUCUCAAUCAUUGAUCCAGGAAUAUAUUUCAACCAGACAUGUGGCUUUUUGGCAGACAGGCUUAUUGUACGAUACCAGCAAUAUUCUGGAACUUAGAAAUUCAAUUCAUUGGAUCCUUUAGAGCACCUACCCUAGCCUAGACACUAUAAUAACACUGUAUCAGAUUCAUGAAAAUGGGCAAAAAUGGUAAAGAAAUUAAAUUAUUCCCUUUUCACCUCUGAAAGUAUGAUGAUGUAUUGAAGAGGGAGGAGUAAUUAAAAUCUCUCUUGUAACGGGGUAAUAUUUAGAUGCAACCACGUUAACACUGAGAUGAAUGCUUAGAAAUUCAGGGAUAUUGGGUGUUUACCUUAUGAAUUUGAGCUGCUGACUUAAUUGGUAUAAUUUGCUAUACAUUAGUACUGUGUUCAUAAGGAUUUUGUUUUAUUAACCAUUACAAAUUUCACAAACAGCUAGUUGCAUGGUAAGCAGAUUAUUAUGCCUCUUUGCAAAUCUGGUUAUGAUUCUGAUACUUUUGUGGUUGUAAGUGGUACUUUUUUUUUUCCCUAAUUACAGCACUGGUUUAUGUAUAUAGCAAAUAAAUCCAGUUGUAUAAUUUUUAAAUGCCAUCAGUAUAAAGCAUGCAAAAAUACGUUUUUUUUAGUUACAGCUUCUGAUUACCUUCAUUUCCAUUCCUUUUUUUGCUCUUCUCAGAUAUAGCUAAAUCCUGAUCACUCCAAGACAAUGGCAGGUAGAAUUUUGAGACUAAUAUUAAUUUCCUCCUUGCUAAUUAAUAUCAGUCUCACUAAAUUUGUCCAGAAGUGUCAAGAAUUCUACCAUCUUCCUGUUCUUAGUAUCAACAAUAUUAAAGAAAAGUAGACUUAGCCAUUAAUACACUAGACAGGUUUUAGUCCAUGGGAUUAUAAAUAUAAAUGUGAAGGUUUUCCUGUAAGCAUCUUUUGCAGUCUUUUCAUAAUCCGUAGCCUCAAACUAGUAUUUACUAUGGAUAUAGUAGGCAAAAGAAACCGCUGUUUCCCUUAUUGUCUUUAAUAUUUCAGAUUUGCUCUCAAUAGCUAUUCUUCAAAGCCAUCAAAGGAAAGCAAGUAUUUAUAGUUAUUUUUAGUAAUUUUUGAGCACUCAUCAGGCUAUCAUUGUGAUGGGAGAUUUUUUGUUGUUGUUGCUGCAAGUUAUUAAUGUUAAGGGCCUUUUACAGAAGCCAGCUUGGAAACAACCUUAAAUGUGGUAUGAUGCACCAGAUUUGGUUUAUCCAGCCAUGGGAGGAAAAAAAAAAACUCUGAGUUUACUUUACUUGUAAUUAUACACUAUACUAGAUGAUGUUUGUUGUAAACUGCAAUGUAAAACCUCAGUAAAACUGCACUGUACUUCUUGAUGUUUAUUAAAAGAUGUAUUUUUACAA